AAAAAAAAAAAAAAAAAAAAAAAAAAGCGCACGAUCGUCCUUCAUCACUAUCCUCACCUCUUAAAAAACCCCUAUUACCAAGAUUUUUGUUCUUAAACAAGCUUUACCAAUUUAUUUUAUAAGGUUACAAUUGUAAAAAAGAGAGUCAGCCAUCCAUGUCUCACUACACGCGCCAGCCUAUCGUUUCAAUGCAGGCUGUAGGGAUGGGGUUUGACAAUGAAGAGUUUGCCAAAUACCAACCGGGCUAUAGCCUGGGCCAUGGAGCUUUUAAUGAUGGUAACUACCAGCACCAGCAUCAUCCUAUGGUUUCGAAUGCCUGUGAGGCUAUUCAUCCAGGUACAACCACCGAUGUAAACUAUUUUUCAAAUGGCCUCUCAUUCCAAUUUCCAACUCCGAACGACGGCGUAGAACAACACAGCGUUAUUGGAAACGCGAAGAAAUCGUCUCUUGUCUCGGUUCCUCGUGGACCGAAUGGGUUGGAAUCCAUAUCCAUGUCAUUUGAAGAGCUCACUACUGCGGCUAUCACACCAGCAACGACAGCAAUAACAACAACUCCAAAAAACAACAGGAAUGUAAAUAUUCCAAAUCAUUCCAAUUAUACCAACAGCUCAAUAAGAGGCAGUAAUAGUAGCAGUCCAAUUAGCCAUAGUGAGAACAACUACAACAAUAAUCUAGUGAUCCAUCAAUACUCAACGUCGUCAGUGGAUAACUACACAAUCAGCAACAAUAUCGGCAACAAUAGUAACUCGUCUUUACUCUUCACGUCUUCACCCUAUUCCUCCUCCUCCUCUUCCUCCUCCUCGCCCACAUCUUCUCUGCCCAUAUUCGCGCCCAUAGAAGCCCUUGAGCGCACUCCUGCAAUGAUUGCAGCAGCUACAGGAUCAUCAGCUUCAUCCUCUGUCAUGGGCUGUAUGAUGACAAACCAACACUAUCUGCUAGUCCAGCCCGACCAUCAGGAAAAUCAACAAAACGGACAACAACAACACCUCCUGCAGCAGCAACAGCAGCAGACGGGCACUGCUCUCAAAACAAAUGAAAACUACAUGAAUAAUAACCCCACGCCGUCAUAUGUGACUUUUUCAUCCAAUGGGUUUCAGGGGAUUGCGCGCAACAAUAACCAUUCGAGUGAUUACUCUCAAUUUGCCUCAUGGAACAUUGGCGUCACUGCAGUCUCGUCCGCCGCACAGUCCACUGAAGCUCAUUUAAUCGUUGCUCCCAUUAAACCCAGCCAACCAGCGAUAACAACAACGCCGACAACACCCUCAGGUAUCACAUGGACCAAUGAUACCAACAUGCAGACACAGAACACUGCACCUACUGUUGAUACUGCCAACUCCAUUACUAAGAGCGGUAUGCAUUCUAAAAGCAGCAGUAUUUGUGGUAGCGAUAACGCUGCACUCCAGGAAGGAAGCACCAAGCAAUGCCAAACCCAGCCUGUCAAGCAAACUGGGCCCCACCAGCAACAGCUUCAGAUAAUGACAUCAUUCGAGCCAGGUUUUGCAUCCAUAUACCCACAACAACCGAACUCAUCCAACAAUACGACUGAUAAUGCUUCUACCCCUUCAGUAGGGAGCGUUAACAACAUUCAUCAGCUUCCCCCCAGCAUGGGUUCUGCUCAAGCUCAAGCACAACUUCAGUCUCAAGCUCAAGUGCACGCUUAUCCCUGGUCCCCAGUUGAAUCUUGCCUUACAUCAGGCUCCUCAACCCCUUCAUUUGCAUCCAUGUCUCCUUCACUUUCGUAUUCGAAUACUGAACAUGGAGGCAAUAGUGGUGGAAUAUGGGGAGGCGUCUCCCCCUGCAAUUCAUCCCGUCCCAACUCUCCUUCAUUCAAUACCAACAACAGCUCUGCAUGUACUCCAACUGAAGGAUAUGUUCCAGAACGUCGUAUCCGUAGACUCGAAAAUGACUUUUCUAACUUCAUCAUCCGCUCGCGCAAGUCUUCCACCUCUUCUACGUCCUCAAAUGUUUCUCAACGACGAAUGUCGACACUUCGGGAAUCAACUACGAACAAUAAUAAUAAUAGUAACAAUAGUAACAUUAACAAUAGCAAUAGCAAUAGCAAUAGCAAUAGGCUUUCAUCACCUAACCCGAUGUCUACCUCCAAUUCAAACUCUAUUACUGCCGCCUCCACUUCAACUCCAGUCUCUACUUCCUCACCCACGCAUCAAUGUUCAAAAUGUGGACAAUGCUUCGCGGGGCCAGCAGUCUUAGCUCGCCAUAUGGAAUCGAUUCAUGAAAAGCUCCUGUGGAACUGUGUUGGAUGCAAGUCCAAUCUGUCGCGUCGGGAUGCUGUGACGCGACACAUCAAUCUCUCGCCUAUGGACUCGAUCUGUCGAGAGGUUGGAACUAUUGGACAGAUCAAGAUGAUCAACGGGACAGAGAUCCACUAUGAAGUUAGCUCCUAUCGUGCAAAGCCUCUGGAUGAAGUGAUGAACCGAAUGGGCAAGAAGAUCUCGACGUCUUUGAGGAGAGAAAUUGAUUUGGCAAAGGCUCGUAGCCACAGCGACAGCAAUGUGAAUUCUGUCUCUAGCCUCGUAGUCAAUGCUAGGUCUUCUAUCAGUGCUACUGCAGCUGCAGCUGCAGUAGCGGUAACAGCAACUUCAACAACCGCAGCAACAGUUUCUGCUGCAGGCGAUCUCUUGACCAGUAAUGGUAUUUAUGGGUCUGCUGGAAUAGCAGCAGCAGCAACAACACAUGAGGCAGGAGCCUUGAUUGGCAUGGGUCUGGAUUUUCCUGUAGAUUAUACGCAGAGUUACCCAAUAUCGUCAUUAUCAAUCCAUACCCAUCAAUUCGAGUAUGGCGAUGAGGAGGAUGGGCUGAAGAAGCGCCGACGGAUGUCGCAGCCUGCUCUUUCUCAACGUAAAAAGUGAU